AUGGUGGCAAACACUAUGAUGAUGUGGCUGCUGCUGCUGCUGGCAGGCCCUCUGCGCGCAGAUUCUUGCUUAACGGUGCCAACGCAGAUUCUCAUGAUUCUCUUCCUGCAGGCCAGCUCGGAGUGUGAGCUUUGCUUUGGACAGCCAGGACUCGCGGAUUUCCAGCACCUGUCCUGCGACUUCGAGCACGGCCUGUGCGCCUGGACCACUACCACCAGCGCAACCCUGGUCAAUGCCACCGCUUCCGCCCAUGCAGGGCACGGCUUCCUUCGUGCCACCACCAACUCUUCCGAGGGAUACGCCUCCAUCUUGGAGAGCAUUUUCGUGGCCACUGAGAAGCCGAUGGCCUUGGCCUUUGCCUUUCAACGUACCGGCUCGGACGACAACACUUUAGAGGUUCAGGGCCAAGCAGCGGGCGCCAACUGGACCAGCUUGUGGCAGCCCAUGGGCAGCCAGGGCCCCGCGUGGCAGGAGGCAAUCCUGGAAGUCCCAGCCGGCACCACCGCCCUGCGCUUCGUCGCGAGGCCUGCUGCCGCAGGCGACUCCGUGCAGCUGGAUUCCUUUCUCCCGCUCAACACGGCCGCGGGCCCCGAGAACGUGAGCUGCGACUUUGCGGAGGAUGCGUGCGGAUGGGUUCCUGGAGAGGCGGGUGUGUUGCAGAGUGUGACCUUCCUCGCUCUAACAUUCAAUCAAGGUGUAGCCUGGUGGCAUACCUUUUGGGGGGCGAUGGUUUGGAACGGCGGCGCCGACAAGGCAGGUGCUUGCGACACCUUGCACUUCUCUUGUGGGAGCUGCUUCCCGGCGCUGCAGGUCUCUGCCUUGACUUCUCCGUGGUUUACAAGAGGUUCUGCCGGUGCCCUGCACUUCAAAGGUUACGUCGUUGGGUACCCCAGCCUGCAGCUGGAAUACUUUGCUGCUGAGACGGGCUGGAUCCCGUUGUCACGAAUUGUGCAAGAGGGGCCAUUGGAUUGGGUUGCAGGCUUGCCACCAGAAGCCGAAGUCCUGCGAUUCCUGGUUGGGUUUUUGAUUGGGUUUCAUGUCUCGAUCGAGAGCGUUCGCUUCGGCCCUGUGGAUUUCCGGCGCCUGUCUUGCACCUUCGAGCACGGGCUGUGCGCCUGGACCGGCCUCUCCAAUGCAACCCUGGAAACUGACACCGCUUCGGCCAAUUCAGGGCACGGCUUCCUUCGCGCCACCUCCAACUCUUCCGAGGAUCACACCUCUGUCUUGGAGAGCAUUUUCGUGGCCACUGAGAAGCCGAUGGCCUUGGCCUUCGCCUUUCAGCUUGCCGGCUCAGACGCCAACACCUUGGAAAUUCAGGGCCAGAGCACGGGCGCUAACUGGACCAGCUUGUGGCUGCGCACGGGCAGCCAGGGCCAGGGCCCCGUAUGGCAGGAGGCAAUCCUGGAAGUCCCUGCCGACACUGCUGCCCUGCGCUUCGUCGCGAGGCCUGCUGCCGCUGGCGACUCCGUGCAGCUGGAUUCUUUUCUUGCGCUCAGCACUGUCGCGAGCCCCGAGAACGCCAGCUGCGACUUUGAGGGGGACUUGUGCGGCUGGACCAUGGGCGGCAUGGAGGUCGAGGCUUUUGCUCUGACCAGCCCCCUCUUCAACGGCUCCGCCGGCAUCCUGCGGUUCUUCGUGUACAUGUCCAAUGAAGGUGCAUCCUGGGCUGACAUUGGUAGUUUGGAGUUGCAGUACUUCGACGGCACAAGCUGGAUCUCGCUGUGGAGGGCAUCGGAAGACCAGCGCCCUGCCUGGAAGCCGGCAGUCGCGUUCUUUCCGCCGGGAGCGCAGGCCUUGCGCUUCGUCGGCGUCGUGGGCGAUGGCAUCGAUCGGAACAGUGAUACGGCCAUCGACGGCAUAGCUUUCGGAGAUAUCACUGAUAUCACCUUCUCGGACCUGUCUUGCACCUUCGAGCACGGGCUGUGCGCCUGGACCGGCCUCUCCAAUGCAACCCUGGAAACUGACACCGCUUCGGCCAAUUCAGGGCACGGCUUCCUUCGCGCCACCUCCAACUCUUCCGAGGGUCACACCUCUGUCUUGGAGAGCAUUUUCGUGGCCACUGAGAAGCCGAUGGCCUUGGCCUUCGCCUUUCAGCUUGCCGGCUCAGACGCCAACACCUUGGAAAUUCAGGGCCAGAGCACGGGCGCUAACUGGACCAGCUUGUGGCUGCGCACGGGCAGCCAGGGCCAGGGCCCCGUAUGGCAGGAGGCAAUCCUGGAAGUCCCUGCCGACACUGCUGCCCUGCGCUUCGUCGCGAGGCCUGCUGCCGCUGGCGACUCCGUGCAGCUGGAUUCUUUUCUUGCGCUCAGCACUGUCGCGAGCCCCGAGAACGCCAGCUGCGACUUUGAGGGGGACUUGUGCGGCUGGACCAUGGGCGGCAUGGAGGUCGAGGCUUUUGCUCUGACCAGCCCCCUCUUCAACGGCUCCGCCGGCAUCCUGCGGUUCUUCGUGUACAUGUCCAAUGAAGGUGCAUCCUGGGCUGACAUUGGUAGUUUGGAGUUGCAGUACUUCGACGGCACAAGCUGGAUCUCGCUGUGGAGGGCAUCGGAAGACCAGCGCCCUGCCUGGAAGCCGGCAGUCGCGUUCUUUCCGCCGGGAGCGCAGGCCUUGCGCUUCGUCGGCGUCGUGGGCGAUGGCAUCGAUCGGAACAGUGAUACGGCCAUCGACGGCAUAGCUUUCGGAGAUAUCACUGAUAUCACCUUCUCGGACCUGUCUUGCACCUUCGAGCACGGGCUGUGCGCCUGGACCGGCCUCUCCAAUGCAACCCUGGAAACUGACACCGCUUCGGCCAAUUCAGGGCACGGCUUCCUUCGCGCCACCUCCAACUCUUCCGAGGGUCACACCUCUGUCUUGGAGAGCAUUUUCGUGGCCACUGAGAAGCCGAUGGCCUUGGCCUUCGCCUUUCAGCUUGCCGGCUCAGACGCCAACACCUUGGAAAUUCAGGGCCAGAGCACGGGCGCUAACUGGACCAGCUUGUGGCUGCGCACGGGCAGCCAGGGCCAGGGCCCCGUAUGGCAGGAGGCAAUCCUGGAAGUCCCUGCCGACACUGCUGCCCUGCGCUUCGUCGCGAGGCCUGCUGCCGCUGGCGACUCCGUGCAGCUGGAUUCUUUUCUUGCGCUCAGCACUGUCGCGAGCCCCGAGAACGCCAGCUGCGACUUUGAGGGGGACUUGUGCGGCUGGACCAUGGGCGGCAUGGAGGUCGAGGCUUUUGCUCUGACCAGCCCCCUCUUCAACGGCUCCGCCGGCAUCCUGCGGUUCUUCGUGUACAUGUCCAAUGAAGGUGCAUCCUGGGCUGACAUUGGUAGUUUGGAGUUGCAGUACUUCGACGGCACAAGCUGGAUCUCGCUGUGGAGGGCAUCGGAAGACCAGCGCCCUGCCUGGAAGCCGGCAGUCGCGUUCUUUCCGCCGGGAGCGCAGGCCUUGCGCUUCGUCGGCGUCGUGGGCGAUGGCAUCGAUCGGAACAGUGAUACGGCCAUCGACGGCAUAGCUUUCGGAGAUAUCACUGAUAUCACCUUCUCGGACCUGUCUUGCACCUUCGAGCACGGGCUGUGCGCCUGGACCGGCCUCUCCAAUGCAACCCUGGAAACUGACACCGCUUCGGCCAAUUCAGGGCACGGCUUCCUUCGCGCCACCUCCAACUCUUCCGAGGGUCACACCUCUGUCUUGGAGAGCAUUUUCGUGGCCACUGAGAAGCCGAUGGCCUUGGCCUUCGCCUUUCAGCUUGCCGGCUCAGACGCCAACACCUUGGAAAUUCAGGGCCAGAGCACGGGCGCUAACUGGACCAGCUUGUGGCUGCGCACGGGCAGCCAGGGCCAGGGCCCCGUAUGGCAGGAGGCAAUCCUGGAAGUCCCUGCCGACACUGCUGCCCUGCGCUUCGUCGCGAGGCCUGCUGCCGCUGGCGACUCCGUGCAGCUGGAUUCUUUUCUUGCGCUCAGCACUGUCGCGAGCCCCGAGAACGCCAGCUGCGACUUUGAGGGGGAUGCAGGCUUGCUCGGCUUCGGCACUGAGGGGUACUUGUGCGGCUGGACCAUGGGCGAGGCAAGAGACCGCCACACUGUCUUCAUGUUGGCAACAUUAAUUUGA